AUGGUAUUGGCGUUGAAACUUCACGCUUGGCAUGGUUUGAGAGCUGCUUGGCGGGUUGACCACGGUCAGAAAAACACCCGGGGGCCGCGUCAGUGGCUAAGUGCCACGCCUCGGAAGUUUGCUAACAAAGCAGCAGCCGACGCUGUCCAAAUCUUGGCGGCAAUGGAUUCCAAAACCGAGUAUCCUGUUGAGAAGCUCAUGAGAGAUGCCAAGAUUACACGAUUUAUGAAGGCAACUUCCCCAAAACCAAAGGGUCAUCAUUUUCCAGGGAGCUCUUCAACGGCUGCUAAGUCCACCAACUAA